AUGUUGGAUGCACCGCUCAUGGCGCCCAUUGCCUCGAUGGUGUGCAUCACGAACCAAUCUAGAGCGUUUAAGCCACAGAUUGCUUCGAUCAACAUUGAACGGCGACGGAUAUUCAUCGAUAAAUUGCACACAGCAGGCCUGCGAACCGAGAUCGAUGCAUCGCAGGACGAUACGCAUUACGUGAAGAUCAACGUGCCGGAAAAUAUCCUCAAGAGCUACUGUGAACUAAUGAAAAUGCAAAUGCCAAUGAGAAAAAUCGAGGAUCAAGACAAAAUAAGACCGAAAGCUUCCUGUGGCGAAACGCUGGAGAGUAUGACAACGGACUGCACAUCGGCAUGCUUCAAACAGAAGGAAACCACCGUAGAAGAGUAUCGACUGUUGCAUGAGUACUCGGAAUCGAAGUCGUACCUGUUCGACGACAGUCAGGACGACUUUUUCUCAACAGACGUUCGCAUUGCCGUUGUGAACUUCAUCCUGGAAAGGUCGAGUUUCCAGGAGAAGGAUGUCGGAGAGGUUAAAUACUUUGGCAUGCGGCAGCUUUUGGAAGAGACCGACCAGAACGGCGUUUCUCCAUUCUGCGCCGCAUUUCCGCUUCACGAUGGCUGCGUCAAGCAUAAGGACACGGCCCGGAGCAUCCGUGCACGGCUGAUGGUCGAGUGGGCGUCGGUGAGCAAAUGUCUUAGGUACCAGCCUCUGGACGACAUAAAAGAAUACUUCGGCGUGAAGAUUGCGCUCUACUUCACGUGGGUCGGCUUCUACACGACUAUGCUUAUUCCGGCGGCAUUGGUUGGCUUCUUGUGCCUUCUGUACGGAAUACUUACCUACCCGACAAAUCGCAUCAGUAAGGAAGUCUGUAGCGACAGCACUACCGUCAUGUGUCCUCAGUGCGACAAAUAUUGCGGCUACUGGUACUUGAAUUCGACCUGCAUGAUCUCAAAGGUUGCGUACGUCUUUGAUAACGAGGGAACUAUACUUUUCUCCAUUUUCAUAUCAAUUUGGGCGGCAUUGUACCUUAGGUUGUGGAAGCGAUAUAUCGCCCGAAUCCAGUACCGCUGGGGUGUGCUGGAUUUCAGUUCCAUGGCCGAACCACCGCGUCCCGAGUAUUCGGCCCGCGUGAAAAAUUGCAAGCGGAAGAAGUACAACUUUUACACCAAAAUCGAAGAACCCUCGCCAUCGUUCUGGACUCAAAAAAUACCUACCAUUAUCUACAGCUACUCGGUGGUGUACAUGUCGAUAUCCAUGGCGGUGACUGCAGUGUUCGGUAUCAUCGUGUACCGGAUGUCUCUGAAGACGUCGAAAAAUUUGUACGGCGAAAACGCAAGCGAGUCGGUGAAACUGAUCGUUUUCCCAAUGACGACCGCCACGCUCAAUCUGCUCGCCUCGACCGUGCUCACGCAGCUGUACAACAAGGUGGCCAAAAGGAUGACCGACGUCGAAUACCGCCGUACGCAGACGGAGUACAGCGACAGUCUCAACGUGAAGCUGUUCCUGUUCGAUUGCAUCAACUACUACAGCUCCAUCUUCUACAUUGCGUUCCUGAAGGGAAAGUUUCCCGGGUACCCGAAGGAGUACAAUCGGAUUUUUAGCCUACGGCAGGAGGAAUGUAGCACGGGAGGGUGCAUGGUCGAGCUGACCAUCCAGCUAGCCAUCAUCAUGAUAGGCAAACAGCUGAUCGCGAUCGUCAAGGAGUAUUUGAUACCUUUUCUCCAGCAAAGGUAUAAACUGUUCAUCAUCCGGCGCUACAGCAAAAACACAGAUGCGGAGCUUCCACAAUCCAGCGGUCAAUGGAUCAGGGACAACAAGCUACUCUGCUGGAGGGAGCACAGUUUGUUUAAGGAUUACCUAACCAUGGUCAUUCAAUAUGGUUUCAUCACCAUAUUCGCCGUAGCCUUUCCACCCGCGUCUAUCUUUGCGUUGGUCAACAAUGUGAUCGAAACCAGGGUGGACGCAAAGAAAUAUCUUCGAUUUUACAAGCGCGCGGUACCAACACGUGUACGGAACCUUGGCAUGUGGUACGACGCGAUGUAUGUGAUCACCAAAAUCGCCGUUAUUUCAAAUGCUUACAUCAUCGCAUUUUCGUCCAACAUCACGCACCGACUGAUUUACAUGCUGUUUAUCAAUCCAGCUCAUACCGACGAAGGUUUCGUUGGCCACACCUUGGCCUACUUUAACACCUCUCACUUCGAAGCGGCUGCUCAUCCGCAUCCACCGAUGUACCAGAACGUCACGGUUGCCAUUUGUCGUUACGCCGACUAUCGGAACCCACCGGAGGGUGCGGACGCCUACGAGAGGUCGUUGCUGUACUGGAAAAUCCUGGCCCUACGAUUGGCGUUAAUGGUGAUCUACCAAAAUCUGGUCGGUACAAUACAGGUGGUGGUCUCGUGGGCAGUUCCCGAAAUGCCAAGGAAGCUCCAAGACCAGAUAAAAAAAGAACAGUACUUCAUCAAUGACUACAUCAUCACACAGGAAAAGCAAAGAACGACCGCACUUAACGCCAUGCAAAUGGAGAGCUAG